CCUACGAGAUGGGUAAAUGUUGGGUCUCCGGUAACGAAGACUGGUCAGUUGCUGGCGAUCUCUCUUCGAGGAGGGACUCGGCGUCCUCGGUCUCCUGUCAUACCUCGUCGUCAGCUUGACUGGACAGUCUAAUGUUCAGGACUGACUGACGAAAAAGCCAGUUGUCAGCUACGAGAUCGUUUAUGAAGACUGUUGAAUAAAAGGAUUCAAUUAACAAACAAUAAUCGAUGAAACUGUUGCAGAGUACAUGUGCGGGAUGAGUAUUUGGAAAACCAGAUGCAACGAACUGUGAGAUUCUUCUAUGAAAAAAAAACAAAAAACAAUGGGAUUUAUUUAACACAUAAUAUUGAUGAAAAUGUUGUAAAGUAUAUCUGUGCCGGAUGAGCAGUUAGGGAAAAUAGUGCAAUAAAAUUUGAGAUUUUCCCAUAUGAAAAUGUACUGAUGUGAAAGGCAUAAUUACAAUCCUUCAAUAUGACGAAAGUUCAUGAAUAAACCUCGUGAAAGUCAUAGCAAUAUCAAGAAAAACUAUCGUCUGCUCGAAAGUCACCUAAAUAUUAUAGUGACCUGAAACACGCAGAUAAAACAAAAGAGCUAGCUUUUUUUUUUUAUUAAAGUUUCUUGAAAAAACAAAGGAAAAUUAUAUUUUAGUGUACAAUGACUGCAGUGGCUUCUGUUUCGUAUUUGGCUGUGCAUUUUUAGACAUGAAACAGCUACUAGUUUGCACUGACGGUGACACAUUUUAAAAACCGUCUAUUGGAAGAAUAUUUCGCGGUGGUACAAAACCCCAAACAAUUUCAAGCAUGAAAAGUGACAUAGGAAAAAUGAUCACAAAGUUGGACAGAAACUUUUGCUGAAAGAGAGAAAUAUAAAAUUUAUUAUGAGCAGGCUAUUUGGCGAUUAUACAAUAGACAGGCAUUUCUGUUUGUUGGUUACGAAAGUUCAAGUGAAAAUUUAAUGAUGUGCUUCGAAUGUGACACAAGCAGGUUAAUUGAAACGAGAUGAGAUGGCAAAAUGUGAGAGUUUUGUACGUAUUCAAAACUAAACACCAAGUUGUUGAAGACGAGAUACAAGAAAGGGUAUUUUUUGAAAGACAUUUUUUCUUGCCAAGAGAUAGAUAGAGAGAGGGAUUUUAAACACUAUCCCAUACGAAGCAUCUGACAGCCUCGUCAAAACAAUGAUCGUGAGAGACGACGCUGAAGUAGAGGACGUCGGUCCUAUGCCAAGUGACUCCGUGAAAGACCCGAGGAGCGAUCACUGCAUGCGAGACAGUGACACCGGCGGUCACGACAUCCAGUCGAGGUCCUCUUCGGCCAGGGUUGCCAAGAAGUACGGCCUGCGACCGCGCAACGUCGUCGGGAGACUUCAGCCGGGGAGGACGAGAGAAGGGUCGUCCUCCAGACUUCGAGCCGCCCCUCUCUCGAAGUACCGCAGGAAGAGCGCGAACGCCCGCGAGCGCCAUCGCAUGAAGGAGAUCAACGACGCCUUCGAAACCCUUCGUCGAAUUCUGCCCGACUUCUGCAGCAGAAGAGCCGCCUCAUCCAUGACGAAGAUCACGACGCUCAAACUGGCCGUCAGCUACAUAAGGGCGCUGUCGCGCAUCCUGGAAGACGGCCAUCCGUCAGACAUCUCUUUCUUCGACGGGUUCGGUCGGGAGGAGGUUUCCAUGAGCAAACAUGGUCCAUUUACCAGCGCUCACACCAUUCUUCGAACUCACAUAUCCCAGGUUACGUUGCGACCUCCAUCCUGUAGCUACGGUGACCUGGAUGACCUUCUGUCGGACGAUUCGUGUGUCUUGGAAGACAGUUUCAUUGCCUUCGACGACAUCCAGACCUUACCAGAAAUGGACGCCCUUUCUCUAUUGAUGGUUCAGGAUGUCAAGAGCCCCUCGGCGGGAUCUUGAAAAUAGGCAACUGCUAAAGGAAGAGGUCUGAUAUGGGGAGUGUAAAUAAACAUUGUAUUUUGCAAUAAUCUAUCACGUAAAAAACUCAAGAAAAUUCGUCGGGAAUGACGUGUGUAUAAGGCAAAAUAAAUUACAUUCCUAUAAUAUUCUACACAGUGAGAGAAGAAUCUAUCUUGUUGUCAAUAUAGAAAUAUUAAGGUUAGGGAAUUCAUAUAGAAACAACAUCUAUAAUUAUAUAUUUUUCUAAGUGAGUGUUAAUUAAAAUCUCAAGCAUUUGACAGGUUGUCUGUCGCAUUUUUUCUAUAUUCUCAGACUUCACAUUGUUGAAGAGUGCUGUUCUUAUUUACAGUGAAAACAGGAUAGAUUCGAUUAUUAUUGCUGAACUGACACUUUGUUGUUUAUCAACAGUGACAAGAGUGUAAUAUUUCGAUAUUAUGUAUGUGUAAGGAAGGACAAUGUGUUCAAAACUAAUGGCAGACUGUGUUUUUUACUUUGAUAGGUUAUUGUUAUCAGGUGUAAAUCGACUUUUAAAUACUUUUUUUUUGUGACCAUUUAUAAGCUUUUGUGUUUCUGUGACAUUGUUAAUGGUGGGUAACAAAACUUGAAGUCGAGCAGAAAUAAAAUCCAUUGUCUCUUAUCUAAUACAGAAAAAAAUAUCUGCUGUGUAUAAACUCAUCGUCAGUUUCAUCUUAAUGCGGUGCGACUAAUUGAGACAAUAAUGAAUUCCUCGUAUCUUCUUUGCAAUUUUGCAAACUAAUUUGCUAUCCCGGUCUAAUUUGGAUUUAUUUAUAUGUGGUUUUGUGUAAGUGCAACUUAAAUUUCCUAUGUACGUGUGUUCAAAUCCUACAGAAUAUAUUUGCAUAUCUGGACCAGUGGAUGCCACCCUCUUUCUUUCUGCGUGUCUCUGUUCUUCUCGGGAAGGAUGGUGGUCAUCAGUCCUUGAUGAUGAAUAUCCACUCCUGGGUCUGUAUCUUCUAUGAGAAACGCCUUCACAAGGACGAAGGCAGAUGAUAAUGAUGGAGGCGCUGGGACUUUCAGAUGAUGAUUGAGGAGUGUCCUAUAGGAGCUCCCGUAGCUGUUCUGUUGAGCACUAUUUUAAGAGGGACCCUGUAGGAUACUUGAUGUUUCUGUCAAUGUCUCCGUGAGAUUCGCUGAAAGAGAGACACUCUCUGAUUGGUUAACACCCCAUUUAACUUUCUCUGAUUGUUAACACCCCAUUUAACUCUCUCGAUUGUUAACACCC